CUUCUCCAAACUAAAUACGGUUCUAAACGAUUCUAGGCGAUAAAUAUUAAUUAAUUUAUAAGAUUCACGGAUUUACGACGAUAUUAAAUUUGUUAUCUUUCAUACAUAUUUCAAGGUAGUAUUGUCCAUAUAAACCACGUACCGACCGAAUCGCUUUCGACGACACCCACGUGCCAACACCAACCCAGAUAUCAAAGAUGCCGCGAAUGCGAGUUCGAGGACCCGAAGGGACAUCCACCAUAACUCUUCCUGACGAUGCCAAAAUCAGUGAUCUCAUAUCCGAAAUUACCUCAAAGACAUCUCUCACAAAUUUCGAUAUUAAAUAUGGUUAUCCGCCAAAACCGCUUCUCCUUUCUCAAAGCGAGCCUUCAUUACCUCUGAGCAAGUUGGACAUCAAGUUAAAUGGCGAACAACUUACGAUUAGCUCAAGAGAAGAACGUAAAUCUGUGGGAUCACCAAAAUUGACUUCACCUUCUAAUUCUAAAACCUCAUCUAUCGCCCCUCAAGUAAAAGAUAGACAAACAGCAGAGGCGAAGUCAUUUUCUUUCUCUGGUAUGCAUGGUGAUGCGAAAAACACAUCGAAUUCUGCAGCUCCGGUGUCACUUUCGCGUAAGAGAGGUAUCGCUGAAGAUGUACCUGAAAUUCCAAUUCCAGAACUUCAAGCUACACUUGUUCUCCGUGUCAUGCCAGACGAUAACUCAUGUCUUUUCCGAGCUUUUGGAACGGCAGUUCUUCCUGGUGAUGACCUUUCCAUGCAUGAGCUUCGAUCCGUCGUAGCUUCUACCAUUCAAGGCAACCCCGAACUUUAUAGUAAAGUCGUAUUAGAACAAGAGCCCGAUGACUACUGUCGCUGGAUUCAAACCUCUGAUGCUUGGGGUGGAGCUAUCGAGAUGGGUAUUUUGGCCGAGGCCUUUGGUAUAGAAGUCGUUUGUGUCGAUGUUCAAUCCCUCUCCAUCCACAAAUUCCACGAAUCUGGCUCCAACAAUAGAUGUGUUCUGGUCUAUUCUGGAAUCCAUUAUGACAUGCUAGCCCUUUCUCCCUUCUCCUCAACUCCCGAAAACGACGUUCGAGUUUUCGAUAAGUCCGACGAUACCAUAAUUGCUAAAGCAGUAGAACUAUGCUCAAAAUUGAGAGAGAAGCAUUAUUAUACUGAUACAGGAGGUAUGGCUAUCAAGUGUAAAGAUUGUGGCGUGAUUAUUCAUGGGGAGACACAAGCGGCAGCUCAUGCGCAGCAGUUGGGUCAUUACAACAUGGCCGAGGUUGAUACUUGAAUUUGUAGUUUUAGUUAUGAUUAUGAUUACGAAAAGGUCGGGUUUGAUGAGAGCAAACGAUGAAUUAAAUACACGGAUGGAUUUACUGAGCUCGUACAACUCAUAAAUAUCGGCUACUGCAGAGUCAACCGGCGAGCAACUCAACAACUAAAUUUCC